CCUUUUCGACACCCUAACAGAAGACGGAGGCAUAAAAGAGAGGGGUAGUCAGAGAAGAGUUUUCUCAGAACGCCGCAGGGGUUUUAGAUUUCUGGUAUUUGAACUCUGUUACUUUCAGAGCGUCCGGUUGAAGUCACUUCCGCCUUGGGGCGGACGCAAGCCAAAUCUGUGGCGGGAGUUGGAGAUUCGGCAGCGAAUACACCAGGUGUGGUUUUUGGAGUGGCGUGGCGGGCAAGAUCAGGAUGCCUAAAGUUCAUGCGAUAAAAAAGUCUCUUAUACCUCAGAUGUCUUGUUUGACAAAUGAAUCUUAUAAACACUUGGAUUUUUUGCCUGAAAAACUAAGAGCAAAGCUACUUCCUUUCCAGAAAGAUGGCAUUGCUUUUGCCCUCAGAAGAGAUGGCAGAUGUAUGGUGGCUGAUGAAAUGGGUCUAGGAAAGACAAUCCAGGCAAUAGCAAUUGCUUACUUCUAUAAGGAGGAAUGGCCUCUUUUAAUAGUGGUCCCUUCAUCUCUGAGAUAUCCUUGGGCAGAAGAAAUAGAGAAAUGGAUCCCAGAGCUGGGUCCAGAAGGUGUGAAUGUUAUUCAGAAUAAAACUGAUGUGGGGAGAAUAUCGACUGGCAAAGUGACAGUUCUGGGUUAUGGUCUUUUAACCACAGAUGCAGAGACUCUGAUAGAUGCAUUGAAUACUCAGAAGUUCGAAGUAGUUAUAGUGGAUGAAUCACACUACAUGAAGUCUAGGAAUGCAGCCCGCAGCAAGAUUCUAUUGCCAAUAAUACAGAAAGCCAAACGAGCCAUUCUUCUUACAGGAACUCCAGCUUUGGGACGACCUGAAGAGCUUUUCAUGCAGAUUGAAGCUCUCUUUCCACAAAAAUUUGGAACGUGGACCGAGUAUGCCAAAAGAUACUGUAAUGCACAUAUCAGAUUUUUUGGUAGAAGGCCUCAGUGGGAUUGUAGAGGGGCAUCAAAUCUGAAUGAACUUCAUCAGCUAUUAAGUGACAUAAUGAUCAGAAGAUUGAAGACUGAUGUUUUAACCCAGCUGCCCCCCAAAGUCAGACAGCGUAUUCCCUUUGAUCUUCCAUCAGCAGCUGCCAAGGAAUUGAAUGCCAGCUUUGAAGAGUGGGGAAAAUUAAUGAGAGCUCCAAAUUCAGGUGCCACUGAGACUGUCAUGGGGUUGAUUACUCGAAUGUUUAAACAAACUGCUAUUGCCAAGGCAGGUGCUGUAAAGGACUAUAUUAAGAUGAUGCUUCAGAAUGAUUCACUGAAGUUUCUGGUUUUUGCUCAUCACUUAAGCAUGCUCCAAGCUUGCACAGAAGCAGUCAUAGAAAACAAGGCUCGGUACAUUAGGAUAGAUGGAAGCGUUCCAUCUUCAGAAAGAAUACAUCUAGUUAAUCAGUUUCAAAAGGAUCCUGAUACUCGUGUGGCUAUCCUAAGCAUUCAGGCUGCUGGCCAGGGUUUGACAUUUACUGCUGCAACUCAUGUUGUAUUUGCUGAGUUGUACUGGGACCCUGGACAUAUAAAACAAGCAGAAGACCGGGCACACCGAAUUGGACAGUGCAGUUCUGUGAAUAUUCACUACCUUGUUGCAAAUGGGACUCUAGACACCCUUAUGUGGGGAAUGUUGAAUCGAAAGACACAAGUUACAGGGAGCACAUUGAAUGGUAGGAAGGAGAAACUUCAGGUUGAGGAAGGUGAUAAGGAAAAAUGGGACUUCCUGCAGUUUGCUGAAGCUUGGACUCCAAAUGAAAGCUUUGAAGAGCUCAGGAAUGAAGUUUUGUUCACUCACUUUGAAAAAGAGAAGCAGCAUGAUAUUCGAUCAUUCUUUUUACUAAAACCUAAGAAAAGACAGUUGGUGACCUCCUGCGAUGAAUCAGGAAUAUUCCAAGAGAAAAAUACUGUCGUGCCAGCAGACCCUGGAGAAAGAGCCACAAGACAUAUCAUUGAUUAUGAAAGCAAUGUUGAACCUGAAGCUAAAAGAUUGAAGUCGGUCACCACCAGUAACCACUGCAGUGCCCCAGAGGAGAAACCAUCCUGGCCCAGACAAACCACGGCCCUAGCUCAGGCAGCCAGCCCACCCUUUCCUGGAAAGUGCUGGCAGUGUGGUUUCUGCACCUAUAUCAAUAACUCGGUGUUACCUUAUUGUGAAAUGUGUGAGAACCCUCCAGGCAGAGCUGACAGCUCUACCCAAGAUAAAAAUGAAAACAAGAAAGGUGAUCCUGGGAAAGACACCUCCAAAAACGUUUGGACUAGUUCUGACCGUGAAAAACAAGUCCUUGCACCCUCAGAGCCUAACCCGUUGGCUGAGAGCCAGGAAGCAAUAUCAGAAAUCAAGAGAGAAGACGCACUCACACCCCAGCCAGGCAAUGAACAGUUGAAGAGUUCAGACAACUUGCCAGUGUAUGAAACCUUAAUGUUCUGUGCAAGUAGGAAUACGGACCGGAUUCACCUCUAUACUAAGGAUGGAAACCAGAUGAACUGUAACUUCAUUCCUUUGGAUAUAAAAUUAGACCUUUGGGAAGACUUGCCAGCAACCUUUCAGCUGAAACAGAAUCGCUCCUUGAUUUUGAGGUUUGUUCGAGAAUGGAGUAGUCUAACUGCCAUGAAGCAAAAGAUGAUCAGGAAAAGCGGGCAGCUCUUCUGUAGCCCACUUCUUGCUUUGGAAGAGAUCAUAAAGCAACAAACCAAACAAAAUAGUACGAAAAGAUACAUCACCAAAGAAGAUGUUGCUGUAGCCUCAUUGGACAAGGUGAAGAAGGAUGGGGGCCAUGUCCGUCUCAUCACAAAGGAGUCCGGGCCACAGGAACUUCCUACACAAAAGUUCCUUGAUGAUGGAGUAUGUGUUCCAUUUCUAAAUCCCUGCGUAGCCCAAGCUGUUCUCACUGGGAAGCCUUCUAUAUCCAAAGGCUAUGUGCAAGCUGUGGAUAAUGAAGGAAAUCCACUUUGCCUUCGCUGUCAGCAACCCACUUGCCAAACUAAGCAAGAGUGUAAAGUGAACGCUUGGGAUUCACGGUUUUGCUCUCUGAAAUGUCAGGAAGAGUUUUGGAUUCGAUCUAAUAACAAUUACCUGCGAGCCAAAGUAUUUGAAAUUGAACAUGGUGUGUGUCAGCUAUGUAAUCUGAAUGCACAAGAACUCUUUUUACGUCUGAGAGAUGCCCCCAAAAGCCAGAGGAAGAAUCUUCUGGAUAUUACCUGGAUCUCAAAGCUCCCACUGGAACAGCUUAAUGAAAUGAUAAGAAGCCCAGGAGAAGGGCAUUUCUGGCAGGUGGACCACAUCAAGCCCGUGUCUGGUGGAGGAGGACAGUGCUCCCUGGACAACCUGCAGACGCUGUGCACAGUGUGUCACAGGGAGAGAACUGCCAGACAAGCUAAGGAAAGAAGCCAGGGGAGAAGACAGUCUCUAGCAUCAAAGCAUGGAUCAGACAUCACAAGAUUUUUGGUGAAGAAGUGAAGUAUAAAAAUUGUUGAAUGGAUGACAAAUGGUUUACAUGUGGAGGAACCGAACACAUUUUUUUCAUGUUUCUCAUAUGAAGAGUGAACAUUUUUAGAGCAAAAAAUCAAGAAUUCAACUUUCCCUUUCGUAUUAUAUGCUUUUAGUGUCCAAUACCUUUUGAAAGUUCUUAACACAAACUGAGAUACAACACUAAAUAUUUCUGUGAUCUUCAUGAUUUUAGGCAGGCUCUCAAUUAUGUUUCAGUAAGGUUUUGUUGAGCUUUCAUUUCCCCCUGUAGUACCUUAAUCAUGGUAUUAUGCAUAGAUUGUAUUUGAAAAAUAUACUCUCAAUUACUUGGAAAAUGCUGCUGGAUUAGUAUUGGUUAUGAACUGCUGCGUGUAGAUUCAGAACACUGGAAAACUGCAAGGGAAAUUUCGGAGGCAAAUCAUCCAGGAAUUCGGGGGCAAGCAUGAGCACCCUGGUUUGUAUGCGAGAGAGAUUCUUACUCACUGACUGCCUCCAAAAUGGGCUUUGAGCACACAUUUUGAGUGUUGCCCUAUUUGUUUUAUUUCUUAGCAGACUGUCUUUAUUGAAAAGAUGCUUCUGAAAAUAAGCUAAUUGGACCUACAGUGUUUGUAGAUAAUUCGGUGUUCUAGAUUUGUUAAACCUAGUAAUUGUUAAAACUGUUUAAAAACUGAAAACAUAGAAUGUCACUUGAACUUCAUUUGUCAGUUAGUUAAUUUUAAUGCAUAAAACUACGUUCAAUGUCCAAGUGCCCUUUAUCUCCUGGCUAUUACUUUGUUUUUAAAAUCCCAGUCUUAUUAAAAGUGUAUUUUUACUGGUACCUCUUUUAAAAAGAGUAGGACGAUAAAACACUUUAUACUAAAGCAUGAGCAGAUGGAAAUAUAGGUUUCAAAAAGACAGUGGUAAUACUAAUGUAUCAUUGAUAUUCAAAAAUAAAAGCAUGACAAUAAAACAAAA